AGUUACGUCAUAACCUUCACUACAUCGUACCAGAUAGGGACGAAACAGUGUAUCAGUCUUAUCGCAAGUCAUUUACGGCUCACAGUUUGCUCGCGAAGCAUGCGAGUCGGCAGUGCUGUAUUUGAAGUGAAAUAAUUCCAUCUAACAUGGCUAUCAAUACAAUUUGUAAGGAUUUUUUAAAAGUUACCAAUUAUUUUUCCAAAUAUACAAAAUACAAUAAACGGUUUUUAUCACAAUAUUAUCCGAUUGACGAACAUAUUUUCGGUCUCACCAAUGAACAACAAGAGCUACGCACUCUAGCUUUCAACUUUGCACAAAAGGAACUUGCACCGAAGGCAGCACAGAUCGACGAGCAGAAUUCGUUUCUUGAACUCAGGGAGUUUUGGAAGGACUUAGGGAAAUUGGGUCUAUUGGGAAUCACUGCUAAAGAAUGUUACGGCGGUACCGGAGGUGGAUACCUUGACCACAUAGUCAUCAUGGAAGAAUUGAGCAGAGCUUCUUCGGCGAUAGCUCUCAGUUAUGGAGCCCACUCAAAUUUGUGCCUGAACCAAAUCCACAGAAAUGGUACCGAGGAGCAAAAGCAAAAGUAUCUACCGAAGUUAUGCAGCGGGGAACAUAUAGGUGCCUUGGCAAUGUCUGAAGCAGGAUCAGGCUCUGAUGUAGUAUCGAUGAAGCUACGUGCAGAAAAAAAGGGCGACCACUACAUUUUGAAUGGAAAUAAAUUUUGGAUUACUAACGGGCCAGAUGCUGAUACAUUGGUUGUUUACGCAAGGACGGAUUCCACCGCUAAAAAACCACAGCAUGGAAUAACUGCAUUUAUCAUCGAAAAGGGAAUGGAAGGCUUUACUACUGCCCAAAAGUUGAAUAAGUUGGGGAUGCGAGGUUCAAAUACUGCGGAACUAGUAUUCGAAAAUUGCAAAGUUCCUACUAGCAAUAUUCUCGGCGAAUUAAAUAAAGGGAUUUAUGUACUCUUUAGCGGACUCGACUUAGAACGCCUCGUACUUGCAGCUGGACCUGUUGGGAUCAUGCAAGCGUGCUGUGACAUUGCUUUUGAAUAUGCGCAUAGCAGAAAGCAAUUUGGGCAACGAAUUGGCGAGUUUCAAUUGAUUCAGGGGAAAAUUGCAGACAUGUACACCAGCCUGAGCACAAGCAGAAGUUACUUAUAUUCAGUGGGACGAGCUUGUGAAUCAGGUCACGUAAACCGAAAAGACUGCGCAGGAGUGAUUCUAUAUUGUGCAGAAAGAGCAACGCAAGUUGCUUUAGAUGCGGUACAAAUUCUUGGUGGAAAUGGAUACAUAAAUGAUUAUCCAACCGGUAGGCUGCUACGUGAUGCUAAACUGUACGAAAUUGGGGCAGGCACAAGUGAAGUACGGAGAAUGGUAAUUGCCAGAUCCAUCACCGAAGAAUACUCCUAGGCUUAUUCAAGACUAUAGACUUACACUGUCAUUGUUCAGCACGGAAAUUGUGGCUCACGACAAGGUGCAGAUGAGCGGUAUCCGACUUGCGUAAUUACAGCACUUGCAGUGGCUCAUACUUGCGAUUACACUUAUCGGUAAUUGCCCACUUUGUGCAGAUUUAAUACAGUAUAUCGUUUUUGCAACACCUGUAAAUGGAGGCUUGACUUCAAAAUAAUUUUAAUAAACUCAGGAGUUUUGUAAACAAUUGAUAUUCAAAUAAAUACAUGUUUCAAGUAAAAUAUCUGUAC